ACCCACCCUUCCACAACUGCCAAACACCACCCCAUCUGAAAUUCUUCGCUCAGUCAACAAUGGCAGGCUACUUCGUCUCCGAGCCAAUGCAAAGAAACAUGACCACCCGGAAGAGGAAGGAGCUGGGCCAGCUCGAUCAAGUCAACGAUGACUUGUCCGACUUCUCUCUUUCCUCUCCGGCCAGAAAGAUUCGCCGUCUGGAUGCGCAAUUACCGCCCAUUUUGGAGGAAGACGAGGUUGAAUUCGACCCGGCUCAGAAUUAUGGUCCAAUGAUUGAGGAGCUUGAAAAUCAAGAAAGGGCUAUUGUGCUAUUCAACCCUGUAAAUAACCCAAUGCUCUAUAACCCUUCUAAUGUCUCUAUCUCUCUUAGUCCUGACCUUGUUUCUGGAUUCAAGGACCAAUUUGUUCGCUCCAGCUAUCAGUAUGGCAUGAAAUGUGACAAGAGUGAGGAAGAGCAAGACAGUAGGAACCAAUGUACAGCGGUUGUUCCGUGGGUGCCAUCUCAGCUCCCACCUAUGCCAGCUACUGAGGUUUCGCAAUCCAAUGAUCGAGGAGAGCCCAUGGAGGAUGAGGAGAUGGGCGCAGCGGCAAUGGAGGUCGAAGAUAGUAGUACACCAGCAGCAGGAGCAGGAGGAACAAGCAAUGGAUAUAAUGGAGGGAUUUGGGGGAGUAAUAGUGAAGGGUUUCAGCAGUGGCAACAACAACACUGUAUGACACCACAACCUCCACAGAACACAUCAACACCCAUCACUUGGUUUCGAUGAGACUCUAUAAAUGCCUAGUGUGGUGACUAGGUUUGCUUAUGAAGAAAUGAGUCCUCCAUCUCUUACUAGUAGGUCUCUGUGUUUCUAACUAUAUUCUUUUAGGAAAUGUAGUUUAGUAAUCAAGUGUUAAUAGCGGUGUAGGAAUUUUAUCCAAGAAUGAUUUGCAUGUUUGUUAUGGCUCAUAAUGAACUUCUUAAUCUGAUUUUGAAGUUCCUUUUAUCACUACUCCCAAAAUUUUGGGAUGCUGAUUGUUUGCUGUGCUAGAAUUGUUUUGGAUGCCACGACCUUUUGGCUUGCAAAUUAGACCAGUUCGUGACAACUCUAUUUCUGUAUCGAACUAGUCACAAAACUAGUCCGACCGUAGUAACUAGUUAUUUGAUGUACUGAUGUCUAAGUACAUU